GCGUGGCUCAAUUUCAGCUGCUUCCCUUUCGUCAACCUUCGCAAUAACUACAAUCCCCACCCUCUGAUUAUGAAUCAUAGCUAAAAUCAGACAAGAGUCUCCACAAUUUCUGUCAAGAUUUGCCAGUAUUUACGUAUUCUCUCUCUGUCUCUCUCCUUUGAUCAUCAAUGGCGGUUUUGAACCGCCUUAUUAUGUGCAGAAGUGCCGCAUCGCUUCGAAAUUUCUGCACGGAAUCUACCGAGGCUGGCCUUCGGAGAGCUUCGUCAGCUCUGUCUUCAGCCCUUCCUGUUGAAAAUUCAAAGGGGAAGGGCAGAAGUGUCCAGUGGGUUUUCCUGGGCUGCCCCGGAGUCGGCAAGGGCACCUACGCUGCCCGGCUAUCAAGCCUACUUGGCGUGCCCCACAUCGCUACCGGCGAUCUUGUGCGCCAGGAGCUAUCUUCUCGUGGACCCCUUUCUUCUCAGCUUGCGGACAUUGUUAACCAGGGAAAAUUAAUUUCAGAUGAGAUUAUUAUAGAUCUUCUAUCCAAGCGUCUAGAAGAUGCGCAGGCUAAGGGUGAAACGGGAUUUAUUCUUGAUGGCUUUCCUCGGACAGUAAGACAGGCGGAAAUCUUGGAGGGAGUGACUGAUAUUGACUUGGUAAUCAAUCUGAAACUUCGAGAAGAAGCGUUGAUCGCAAAAUGCCUUGGAAGAAGAAUUUGCAGUGAGUGUGGAGGGAACUACAAUGUUGCCUGCAUUGACAUCAAGAGUGAAGAUGGAAGGCCAAGAAUGUACAUGCCUCCCCUUCUUCCUCCUCCACAGUGUGAAUCAAAAUUAAUUACACGAUCUGAUGACACUGAAGAAGUUGUUAAAGAACGUCUGCGAGUUUAUAAUGACAUGAGUCGACCUGUCGAAGAAUUCUACCGAAGCCGUGGAAAGCUGUUGGAAUUCGAUCUUCCCGGAGGAAUUCCAGAAUCAUGGCAAAAGUUGCUCCACGCUUUGAACCUUGAUGAUCAUGAUGACAAAAGAACAGCUGCUGCUUGAUUGAGACAUAGCUCUGGCAAGAUUCUCUCUCUAUAUAAGGAAGUUAUUCUUUGCAUGUGACUAUCACAUGCAUAUUGAAACACCUGAGGAAAAUUCUUCUCCUAAUACAUAAUAAUAGUUGCAGAAGUAGGCACUUGAAUGUACUUUAUUCUUUUUAGCAGGAUUGUGAGUUCUAUAAGGUGGUCUUCUAUAUUUAUAGGUUGAGCAUGGUGGUGUAGCUGCUUGUCUUGACAAUAUAAGCAUAUGAAAAUGUAACAUGAUUUAUGUCAUUUUUGUAUUUGUUGUUCUUUAGGAGAGCUGACGAUAUCUUGUUUUAGGGUAAACGAUUUCGCAUGUCAUAGACCAGUAUACAUUGUAGAACAUAUUUGUGUUUUUAGCAUCCCAUGUAAGUGAGUUGUUCAUUGUCUGUUUCAUCCUAUUUUAUGGGCAGAUAUUUCUUGUUCUCCUCCUUA